AUGCCCACAAAUCGACCUAAAGCCUGGAAACAGUUAUUUCCUCGACUCUUAUUGUUCAUUAUCAUCGGAGUCGUCUCCUUGUUAUUUUCAUUAUCACUAGCCAACAGCAUAUUAGACAUCGGAUUACCUCGAACCCUUGAGGAUGUUCAAGCAGUCGCCGUCAAACUCGACAGUAUGCUAUCCACUUCAUGGACAGGUUAUGAGUCUGUGACUAUUGUCUUUGCUGUUCUCUAUCUCUGGCAACAAGCCUUCUCUAUCCCAGGCUCUGUCCUGCUCAAUCUUUUGGCCGGAUAUCUCUAUGGUAUUGUCAUGGGUACAAUCUGGACAAGUCUUCUGACUGCAGGCGGAGCCACACUGGCCUAUGGAUUAGCAAUCUUGGUCGGCGAGCCACUGAUCCAGUUGCCCUGGAUAAACCGUCGCGCCGAGCCACUUCGACGCCAAUUGGAACAUGAGAAACGCAGCGGAAGCUUAUUUUGGUGGUUACUCUUUAUUCGCCUAUUCCCAUUUUCUCCUUACUGGUUCAUUAACCUCGUGUCUCCCUUACUGGGCAUUCCUGUCUCUCCCUUUUUCUGGUCGACGUUCUUUGGCGUACUGCCUUAUAAUUUUGUUUGUGCACAGGCUGGAGAUGUCCUGGGUGAUUUGACAUCCACAUCGGAUAUUGUGUCCGUGUCGCUGGUAUUUAAGUUGAUGAUUGUCUCCUUGGUCUCUUUGUUGCCCAUUGUUUGGGGAAAGAAGAUUCAAAAGUGGGCAAGACGAACAUUCAAACUUGCUUCAGUAGAUGACGACGAUGUAGAAAAGACGAAUGACGUGGAGCUUAAUCAUAGAACACCUUUAGAAUAG